AUGAGUGAGAUUCUCGACCUUCUGCCGGUCCCUACAUUGGUGGUGCAGCCCCUCGGCGACUCCUAUCGCAUCCAGAGAGCCUCGACCGGGCUGCUCCAGGCAUGGGAUCGCACUCGCGAGGACCUGGUCGACAAAGAUCUCUUUGUCGCGCUGUACCAGGGUUCAAAGACCGCACGCUUCGAUCGCAUUCCGCUGGCGUAUGCCAUCGAGACCGCCGUCGCCACCAAGGCCCUCCGUCUCUGCCAUGCUGCCUACGUUGCGGGAGAUGACACAUGGACAGCCCGUAUCACUCCAGUCCACAAGGAGGAGGACUUGUUGUGCCUAUUGCUGCAGUGGGAGAAGGCCGAGCUUCACGUUGCCGUCCCCGAUGGCGGUAUGAGUCAGAGCUGGCUGCCCAUCGACGACGCUUUCCGUAUCCUCAUCCAUGCCGUGAAAGACUACGCCAUCUUUCUGCUAGACACGCGCGGGAAUGUCGUGACGUGGAACACGGGCGCAGAGCUCAACAAAGGCUACAAGAAGGAGGAGAUCAUCGGCAAACACUUCUCAGUGUUCUACAGCGAGGAGGAUCUGCAACGCGGGAAACCUGACGGGGCACUGGAAAGAUGUCUAAGAGAAGGUCGGGUCGAAGAUGAAGGGUGGCGCUACCGCAAGGAUGGGAGCAGGUUCUGGGCCAACGUCGUCAUCACGGCAAUCUACAAGAACGACAUCCACGUUGGAUUCGGCAAAGUCACCCGGAAUCUCAAUGAGCGGAAAGAGAACGAGUUGCGACUGGUGGCGGCCUACGAGGAGAGCAGCAGAUUGAAGAAUGACUUUCUGGCCAACAUUAGCCACGAGAUCCGAACACCGAUGCACGGCAUGCUGUCCGCCUGCAGCCUUCUUCUAGACACCGAACUGUCGGAGGAACAGCGAGAAACGGCGAACCUUAUUGACGAGUCGGGGCGCGUUCUUUUACAGGUUAUCAACGAUAUUCUAGACUAUUCUAAAUUGGCGGCGGGUCGAUUUUCCGUCCAGAGCGACGUGGUCGAUAUCGCCGGGAUCAUCACCUCGGUGACGCGGAGUGUGAGGACCACAUUGCAGCCGGGAGUGUCGAUGCACCUCGACUUAGCACCGGGUCUGCCCAAAGCAAUGGGCGAUCCGAUUAGGUAUCGCCAAAUUGCUGAGAACAUUAUUGGGAAUGCUGGGAAGUUUACCGAGAAAGGAUCUAUCACUGUGCAGGUGUCAGUUUCGGCCGAAGACGAGACCACACACACGCUCUUGACCAAGGUCAUUGAUACUGGUCACGGGGUACCCGAGGAUGCCGCUGCGAAGCUCUUUGAGCCAUUCACACAACUCGAUACAACGUAUCAGAAGCGCCGACAAGGCACGGGCUUGGGACUGUCCAUCAGCAAGUCCCUUUGCGAAUUGCUCGGGGGUGACAUCGGCUAUCAACGUAACCCGGAAGGUGGAGGAAGUACGUUUUGGUUUUCCGUCAAACUUGGCAAGGUCAAGUCCCCAACCAGCACAGAUCCUGAGCGAGGAAUAGACGAGCCCUCGCGGUCGCCAUCAAAUGGCCAAGGCACAGACGCCGCUGCACAGCUAAAUCUGCUUAGAGGAAUCGCGAGGACAAAGCGCAUAUUGGCAGUGGAGGAUAAUAUUAUCAACCAAAAGGUCCUGGUGGGCAUGUUGCAUGGAUUUGGGUUUGAGGAUAUCACAGUCGCCGGCGAUGGGUCGCAAGCGGUGUCGAUACUAGUCUCCGAAGGCCAUGUGUUUGAUCUAAUCUUCAUGGAUAUCAGCAUGCCCGUCAUGAACGGGUACGAGGCAACCGUACGGAUCAGGAGCUCUGGUUCCCGCGUACCCAUCAUCGCUAUGACUGCCUACGCACUGAAGGGCGACAGGGAGUUCUGUCUAGAGAAGGGGGUGGACGACUAUAUAGCUAAGCCGGUGAACAGGCAGCUUCUGAUGCAGAAGCUGUUGAAGUGGCUAUGUCACCCAGACAGUCCGGCACAUGUUAAUGGCAACAUCACUGAGGAAGCAGCAAAUGACUGUGCAGCAAUUCCUCAGGAGCUAGUCGAAGCAUAG